AUGCUCUUUGAUAAUAAUAAUAAUCGUUCAGCUGUAGCACCCUUCCGGCGGACACAGAAAGCCAAAGAAAUGGAAGAGGCCCAGAAAGCCGGUAAUGCCCGGAGAUUAUUUCAGUUGAUCCGUGCGACCGGUCCCCGGAAACCACCUGAAAUGAACGCGACUUCUGAGACCGAUGCGGUUGCGAAUUUGCUCAAAAAGUUGUACAAAGAACUGCCGGCAGAUUCGGUUUUCUGGUUUCUAAAGUGUUGGUUGUGCAGCGAGGACAGCCUGCAGGACCCAGACUCGUGUGUAAUCAGUCGUGGGGAUGCCAAAGGUCGCAUGAGACGGAUUGAUGGGGGUAAAGGAUCCGACAAAGUUUGGCGUUUGGAUACCAUUGUUGGUAUGCUCUAUCAUGGUCUACCAAUGUCCAGUACGGACACCAAUAUAAUGGUUCACACAUGCGACCAGGAACUAUGCGUUCGCCCGCAACACAUUCGGUUUCGCGCCAGUUCCGUGGCUCUUGUUGUCGUGCUCAAAGCACUUGCACAGGCUGGCUACACUGUGAUUCCUCCACCGAUUCCCGCUGGUCCCGAUGGAGUCGCUCCUAAUGCUUCGGAUGAAUCCGUCGACGUCUUUGGUCCAUUCACCAUAGAUGAACUUCAACAGUACCGUCGUGAGAACCUCAACCCUGCCGAAGAGUCAAUCAGCAAGCUAUCACUUAGUGCUGCUGAUCGUGAAUUUGCAGAAACUGUCCCUGUACUUCGAACGAUCUUACAGGGCCAUCGUAUCGCGGACACCGGGGAGUCUGGCUCAGUCGGCAAUCCAGUUGUGAAUGGCUAUCACUCUUACCCAACUUCGUUCGAUGGUGCGACCAUUCCCACCCAUCCCAGCUCCCAUAUGUCCGUCAACAAACAUGAAAAAUUCUCUUCCAGUGCAUCCUCAGUCAGCCUGGAUCUUCAUCAGACAAAUCGAAUAGUUUACCAAACCGCGAAACACCAAUUUGGUGAAGAUAUGUCGUCGGACAUCAAACCAUCAGUGUUCCCCCUGUGUCGUUCGUCUUCCCCCAGUCGAGGUCCCGCUUCCCUCGCAGUCGCUGGUCAUCGACUCGAGCGAAGAAGCCUCAAACGUCCAGCUCCAACAGAUUCGCCCUGUUCCUUCCCAUCUUCACCCAUCAGACCAACAUCUUAUGUCGCACCUUCAAGCAGCAGUCCACCUCUCCUUAUGCCUGAUAACUCUUCUCCCAAUUCCCAUCAUCAUACUCCUCAACAUCGAUCCAUUCCCAACCCAUAUGUACAUCGUGAUAACCAACUAUCCAACGCCAUCACUCGACAGCAAAAUCGCACCCAGCUUUCUGGCCUCCCUGCCGGUGAUAACUCUUUAUCUUCCUCAGCCUCUUCUCUGUGCUCCACAAAUCUCAACCCAGCGAAGUCCAUUGCACUGCAUGGUUUGGCAUGUGAACCGCCUGCUAAUGAAUUGGUCUCAACUACCGCUUCUUCGACUGUUACCUCAUCUGCCUCUGGUGCUUCCGCCUGUGUUGAUUCCGUACAGCAACAACAGUAUGAGACCCAAUCUCAACACCGUUCUAAAACCUUCGUCCCAUCAAGGACUUCAAACUCCCCUAAUAGUGGCAAUAUUAUUCACCAACCUUUCGCCAUGCACCAAUCUUCACAUGCACACUUGUUGCACAACCAGUGCGUCACCAGCGUUCCCGGCGGCGUUGGUGGCUAUGUGUCGACGACAGGUGGGUCACUCAAUAGUAAUUCCGUGGCUUUGAACUCUACUCUGAAUGCGCCCAACAGCGGUUCCAACAGCGGUAAGAACACGCCUAGACAACCAGCGAAAAAACGCCUUGAGGCACGAACUCCUACGAUUGAAGGGACAGCUGACGAUCCUACUGUCCCUAUGACUACCACCAGCGUAUGCACGGAUAGAGGCAGUACGCCGACUGUGGACGAUUCCAGUGUGCUUGUGAUGAACAACAGUGUGGUGAAUGUGGGUACUGUCAGUGGGGCUGCUUCUGGAGUUGGAGUCGGCACGAACGUCUUCCGGGUUCACCAAAAUACCCCUUUCGUCCCUGUUCGAAGCCGCUCUGGACGUCCCAGUUCUUCAGGAUCUUCGUCCAGUGCCAGUGGAUUUCUGUCCAACAGCACAGGAAUCAACAGCUCGGCAACUGCGCGCAAACUCAGUGGCUUUGAAACCAUCGACACUGAAGUAGGCGGGCUAGGAUCAUCGAACCGGUCAGUUGGUGGUCCUUCCAUCGCGGCCAGUCAAUCAGAUGACGAGGAAGAAGAACUUAGAGACAUAAUGGUUGGUCGGCCGGGAGCUUCGAUACUACACACUCCAGCGGCCGAUGCUACUGGACAGAACAUCACUCACUCAAACGAUCAAAGCAAUGCUGGCAGCGUUUCUCAGACAUCAUCGACUGGAGCAACAGCGGGGGCAUUUCCUCAGCUAGGUCGCAGUCCUACCCACGACCGACGGAUGGUUGAAAUGAUUGGUAUGAUAUUGGCCAACGCUCACGGAUCUCCCGCCCUAGGGAAUUCAACUCCACUCAAUUCUCGUCGAAGUGCCUCAGCUUGCAGUCUGCCUCGAAUCGGCGCCAGCCCGAACGAGAACACUCCGGAGCUUCAUUUCCCUUCCUACUCUCAUGCAUUCCCUAACCCAAUCAGUGGUCACCACAACACUUCGGUCCAACUGUUUCCUCAUCGUUCCUCCUUCGGUCAGUCGCUGCUCACCAAAACCCCGUCGCAGCCGAUCACUACUCAUCCUUCGGAUCAACUGGACCGGAAGUCCACCUUACCGAACGGUGGUUCCACACCACCACCACCACCAUAUCUUGCCCCGUCAUCCAGAGACUCAGACGAUCGCUCGGACUGUGCCCACAACACAACGACUCCACCUCAUCUGUCCGCUUUGCAGCCCCUCAAUUUGAACACCGACCUUGGUAGUUCCGGUCGCGAAUCGGUGCAUGAGAUUGCCAGAUGGAUCCGCGACUCUCCGGCUUCCGGCAUCACACCAGAGUUGAUUGAUGUGUUGUACAACAUGGCACAACAAUACGGUAUGUAUUCCUCCCGUUCUGAAAGUCGAACUAGCCGUUCUCCCAGUCAGGUAGCACAGAACUUCUACCGUAGCCUGGUGAACGGUUCAAUGUGCCGGUCUCCUCUCCUGAGUAACGGACCUACCCAAAGUGGCAGUAGUGGUAAUACCUUUGGUCCUCUGGCUAUACCUGGAUCCGGAACAAUGAUGACAGGCAGUGCGGAUAUUCCUUCUGUCUCAGCCUGCAGUAAUACAAACAACAGCAAUUGUAAUGGACACAAAACCUCCGGGUCUUCCUUACAAUCGCCGAUAUCGUGUUGCAACGUAACCGGUGCUCCCACAUACCAUAUCCACCCAGUUCAUCAACUUCGUGGCCUUAGUUUUACUCCACUGUCGGUAGAUCCUGAGCCCUCCUCGUCAGCAUCCGCACCAGCAACAGCAGGGAAUUCAGAAUGGCAACCCAGAUCUUCCGUUGCUCCUCCCUCCCCCCAUACAUUGUCUCCAAAUCAGCUUGCACGAUCCAGUCGUUAUGGUUCUUCUGUAUCUGCCACUAUGACCAGUACCCCUUCACCCACUCUAGCCGCAACCCAGUACCCGAGUGAUUCCAUUGUGCACGAAUUCCGCUCACAGUGUCGUCCGCUGAAUGUGCUGCAUCAGGCCGCCCCAUGUUUCACUUGGCUUGAUAUUCGAAAUAUCGCAAUACACUUCGCAGUCCACGACCUGUUUUGCCUUUCUUGGAGCUCACCAGUGGGUGCGCAAGACGGCUGCACACCUUCGACGAACUGGUCGGAAAGCAACUGGUGGCGCAACACUCCGUCCAGCCCUGGCAAAGCCCGAUCCAACGAUUGCUGCAUGCCGGCGAAGAACACGGUCGGGUCACACCCAGGUGUCAUCCUGGCCGUCUUGAACCGCCUCAUAGCCUUCUGGCGGUCGGCCGAUGUGUCGAACUCCGCUGCAAGGAGUUCCUUCGCAGCGGCCCAUUCCACCUUCCGAGGGCUUCUUCUGACCACAUCCGGGGCCUUAUUGGUUGUUGAUCAGGUGGCUGUUGAUCAGUUCGCCACCACAUUUUCACCACCACAUUUCACCACAUUACCAACAUCCAGGGCCGCCUUCGCCCGGCCCCUGAGGAGGAGGGAGGUCAUUAUCCUUAGUUUCGGACAAGCGGGCACACAGCUUUCAAAUGCAGCCUGGGAAUUAUUGUGUCUCGAACAUGGGAUAAAGCCUGAUGGCUUACUUUUCGAUUCGUUAAACCCAGAAGACUGCCUGAAUAACCAAACGUUUUUUCAAGAUACCCCGACCGGACAACAAGUACCACGAGCUGUGAUUAUGGAUUUGGAGCCCACGGUUAUAGAUGAGAUCCGAACGGGAGUCUACCGUGGGCUAUUCCAUCCGGACCAGUUGAUCACCAGCAUAGAAGAUGCCUCGAAUAACUAUGCGCGUGGAUUUUACAGUGUUGGCCGUCGUGUUGUCAAACGUUACAUGUCACAAGUUCGGCGUGCCACAGAAGCCUGUGAUAUGUUCCAAGGAUUUUUUGUCAUCAACAGUUUCGGUGGAGGUACCGGUUCCGGGUUCACUUCUCUGGCACUGAACCAUUUGGAUACGGAAUUUGCGAAACGCUCAAAGAUUCAAGUUGGUAUCUAUCCAGGACCGCGGCUCUCAACAGGGAUUGUGGAGCCUUACAAUUCUGUCCUGACUUUUAAUUCCUCAAUGGAGCAGUCCGAACUGAGUAUUCUAUUGGAUAACGAAUCUCUGUACGACCUCUGUGACACUGGCCUUGGAGUGCCACGACCAACUUACACCGAUGUGAACAGAAUUGUUGCAAUCAUAUUCAGUUGCAUGACAGUUUCGUUACGUUUCGAGUCAUCUUUGAAUGCUGACCUGACACAACUCGAAACCAAUUUGGUCCCAUAUCCUCGGAUUCACUUUCCGAUUGUCAGUCAUGCACCCAUAACAUCCUCAGAACGUUCUGAACAUGAGGUGUUCAAUACCAGCGACCUAACUCGUCUAUUGUUCGAACCGACGAAUCAAAUGCUCAAUGUUGACUUGUCACAAGGUCGGAUCAUGAGUUGCUGCAUCCAGUAUCGUGGUGACAUAGCUAUACAAGAUGUGGCGAAAGCUGUUAUGGACAUGAAAUGCAGACAAACCCUCCGAUUUGUAGAUUGGUGUCCAACUGGAUUCAAGCUUGGCGUUGCGAGUCAACCGCCAACAAUCCCCUCCUAUUCGCCAAUGGCUAAAACCACACGUUCGGCAACUCUGCUGAUGAACACCUCUGCCGUGAAUCAAGCCAUUCAAAAGGUGGAUCGAAAAUUUGAUAUGCUUUUUCACAAGCGUGCAUUUGUGCACUGGUAUGUUUCAGAAGGCAUGGAAGAAGGAGAGUUUCCCGAAGCCCGGGAAGCAUUGUCCAUACUGGAACAAGACUAUCUCGGUGUAACACAAGAACUAAGUCAAAAAGAACCGCAUUCCAAUCCUAGGACGAUGCAUAUCAGUACUCAGGAAGAACUGGAGCAACCAGAAGAUAUGAUGUCAAACAGCGAACGAGGGAGGCAGACAUCUAGCAAUCAUGCGAUUCGGUGGAGCGAUGUAGCACGCGAUGAGGAAUCCAGUUAUGUUCGAUCACGCAGUGCCACUCCAACGUCUUCCUCGUCCUACUCAUCGUCACAGCCGGCCUCCUUGCAUAAUGCCUAUAACAUGGAUAGUCUGGAUCCCAUAGACCAUUAUGUGCAAUAAUUUCGUACUCAAAACUCAUUCAUUCAUUCAUUUUUCCGGGCCGAACAUCUCCAUUCAUUAUCGUCUAUCGUGUUUUGUUACUGACCGAUGUGUCAGUAGUUAGGAACAAUUACCCAUUUUCGGUUUGGCCUUGAGUGCAUUCCGUCCACCACUUGGAAAGAACAGCUUUCCGUUCAGUAGUAAAAUACCUU